GAAGUUACUGACAAGUAAACGGAAAAUUUUCUCUCUCUAGGGUUCCCGUAAGGCAACGCUUAGCCUAGUUUGUCCGGUGGUGAUCGUUUACGGUUACGGCACCGAGGUUACUCCUUCAUCCUGUCUUCUCUUUGGCUCGGUAGCCGUCGUCGAAGGCUACGGCUCUUGAACAAGGCUCUCGUCGUGGAGGUUUGAGUGAAGGAAUUUGUUGUGUGGGGCCAUUUAUGAGUAUUAUUUUGUGGAAUUGUAGGGGGCUGGGAAAUCCAGCAACUAUGCAAUGCUUGACGGAUUUGAUUCACCAACAUUGACCUUCCAUUGUUUUUUUUAUGGAGACAAAGCUGAGAUGUCAACGUGCAAGAGAUGUUCUACAUUCGUUGGGAUAUGUGAACGCCGAGGGUUUUGACACAGACGAACAGGGAGGCGGUGUGAUGCUGGGAUGGAAUGAGGAUUUUGAUGUUACGAUAACGUAAUUAAAUCCUAACUUUGUGGACUGUCAAAUAUGCAAGCCCGAAGGCAGUGUGACAGGGAGAUUCACGGGUUUCUAUGUGUUCCCCGAAACAGUAAUUAAGGCGACGUGCGGCGUGAGAGAUGUUGCAGAGGCUGGCCGAGAAUAACAACUUGGCAUGGCUAGUUAUGCGGGACAUGAAUGAUAUUCUGUAUGAUUCUCAAAAAAGGGGAAAAUUCCUCAUCCUCCAUGGCGACUUUGGGGUUUCCGCGAGGUGGUUCUAUCCAGUGGGUUGAGAGAAUUUCCGUUUGAUGGGUAUCAAUGGACGUGGGAGCGAGGUAAGGGACGCAAAAUUAGGUUGAAGAAAAACUUGACCGGAUUUUAGUUAAUGAUCAAUGGUGGGAUAUUUUUAUGGAGGCUAGAGCGACAUCGGUGGAAGCCCCAGUUAGUGACCACAUGGCUUUAUUUAUUAAAAUUCACCCUACUAUUUACGGUAGAACCGGAAGAAAAUUCCGCUUUGAGAAUAAUUGGUUGCGAGCGAGGGAAUGUAGAAAAGUGAAAGGUGAGAUUAUUUAUAUGGUUUUCAAAAAAAGAGUAAAAAACAUUGUCAGAGUCAAAUGAAAGAAGAUGAGGUGCGAAUGGGGGAUUAUUCUAGGAUUACCUAAAGGUGGAAUUAUUAUGAGAAUACCAGUAAAAGGUAAGAUUAUUUUUGUCAAUUUUUCCUAAUUUAAAUUAAAAGGGUUUAGAGGCAUAUAAUCCUUCUUGGUGUACACCCUGAGUUACACCCUGGGGUACACCCCAUUUAUUUGCCGUUCACACAGACAAACAACGUAAGAAUACAGACACUUUCGAUUAAACUGCCGGUGUGAGUUUGCAUAUCUGCUAGAUCUGCCAGGCUGGUUGCACGAAAACCAAUGUCGGUGUGCACAGACACUAGUUGUCUGUGUAGACAAAAAAGUGUCGGUGUGAACAAAAUUGGUUUGCAAGUUCAGGGGGUUGGGAAACCAGUGUCGGUGUACACAGACAUUAGUUGUCUGUGUAGAAAAAAAGUGUCAGUACAUAUAGAAUUUCGUCGGUGUGCACAGACGUUAGUUGUCUGUGUAAAAAAAGUGUAUGUACACAUACAAUAUUCGUCGGUGUGCACAGAUAUUAGUUGUCUGUGUAGAAACAAAAGUGUCUGUACAUAUACAAUCUUCGUCGGUGUACACCGAUACCGAAAGCAAACCAAUGUCGGUGUGCAUAAAACGUAAAAAGAGAGAAGGAAUGAAAGAAGCUGAUGAAGAUAAUGAACAACAAUGAUUCAAAGUAAUUGUUUCUAAACUUAGCUAAUAAAACAUUAAAGGAAAGAAAAAGGGAGAAGGAAAGAAAAAGAAGAAGAUGAUGAAGGAGAAAGGAAGAAAGAAACAACAAGAUGAAGAAGAAAAAAGAGGGGGAGGAGGGUUCGUAUGGUGCAAAAUAGAGAGAAGGGGAGAGAGGAGAGUUUAGAGAGAAGAGAGAGAAAAAAGUGGAAAGGGAAGAAAUGAAAAAUGGGAAGAGGGGGUUAUAUAUGGUGUAAUCCAGAGUGUAACCCAUUGUGUGCCUAAAGAAUUUUCCUAUAAUUUAUACUUCAUAUAUCUAUGGUUAUGACUGAGUUUGACUUUUUACCAAAAAAAAUGACUGAAUUUGACUUGUGAAAUGGCUUGUGAAAUAUUCCCUCUGUCUCAUUUUGGUUGUCCUACUUUCCUUUUUUGUUUGUCCCAAAAUGAAUGUUUUGUUUCUUUUUUUGGCAAGAAAUGUGUGAUUUUUAUCAUUUCACUUUAUUCUACUCAAAUCACAACCACAACUUUUAUUUUUCAACCACAUUAUUAAUAAUCGUGCCAAAUUGAAAGUGGACAAUCAAUAUGAAACGGAGGUAAUAAUAAAUUAUUUGAAAAUUGGAAUUCAUAUUAGUCGCGGAGAAAAAAGAAAUGAAAAUAUAUACGAUAGUAAUAAAAAGGGGAAAAGGAUAGACAAGCCAUAACCCUAUUACUGGCUGGCUCCUCUUCCUUAUCUCCUCCAUACAUUGCUCUCAUGAAGUUUGCCCCUUCAUAAAGCACUCUUUUCUUCUCGAAUUCACAGAAAAUUAGAAAAACUACUAACAGUAAACCUUUUAUAAAGAAACCCCAGACAGCUGAAAUCGGUGGAUCUUAGAAAUUCUAAAGAUUUGCUCCGAAAUCCCACAUGAAAUAAUCCAACAUUCUCGAAUCAAUUUCUGCUUCGAAUCAGAAUUACAAUGAAGAGGGAACGCGAUCGACUGAAGGAGGAGAGAUCUUCAAUGGGUAAAGGAAAGAUUUGGGAAGAAUCGCCUCCAGACGCGGGGAUGGACGAGCUACUUGCCGUGUUGGGCUACAAAGUCAAGUCCUCAGACAUGGCGGACGUAGCUCAGAAGCUUGAGCAGCUGGAGAUGGCGAUGGGGACAACGAUGGAGGAUGGGAUUUCCCAUCUUUCCAAUUCCACGGUUCACUUCAACCCUUCUGAUCUACCUGGCUGGAUCCAAAACAUGCUCUUCGAACUCAACGGCGACAACGAUUCCUCCUCUUCCUCGCCCAAUUUCGACGCCUUUCAUCACCAAUCCCCUUGCACCGUCUCCGGGGACAAAAUAAUUUUACCAGGAGAAUCUCCCUCUAUGAUUUGCUUCUCAAACAGAGAGAGCGAAAAUGUUGGGAGGAUUUCCGAUGACGAUUUGAGGGCGAUUCCGGGCGGCGCUAUUUUCGGUAACACCAGUAGAGAGCAGAAGGUAAAAGAGCAGCCUUCACCAUCUCCAACGUAUAAACGACAGAAAUCCUCAGCCGGAUCUAGUUUCUCCGGCGAUUCAACGGCGGGGAUGGGUGGCGGACCGGUGGCUCCGGAGGUUCCCCGGCCGGUGGUGCUGGUAGAUUCUCAAGAAGCCGGCGUCCGUCUUGUACAUACCCUGAUGGCUUGCGCCGAAGCCAUCCAGCAGGAGAAUUUCAAGCUAGCAGACGCGCUGCUGAAACACAUCGGAAUUCUCGCCGUCUCUCAGGCCGGAGCCAUGAGGAAAGUGGCCUCGUAUUUCGCAGUCGCCCUCAGCCAGCGAAUUUACAAAAACUACCCGAAAGACACCCCUUUCGACGCCACCUACAACGACGUUCUUCAGAUGCACUUCUACGACGCCUGCCCGUACCUGAAAUUCGCCCAUUUCACGGCCAACCAAGCCAUCCUGGAGGCCUUCGCCGGCUCCUCCCGCGUCCACGUCAUCGACUUCAGCCUGAAACAGGGGAUGCAGUGGCCGCCGUUGAUUCAAGCGUUAGCUCUCAGACCCGGCGGCCCGCCCGCCUUCAGACUCACCGGAAUCGGCCCUCCCCAGCCGGACAACACCGACGCCCUUCAGGAAGUCGGGUGGAAACUUGCUCAAUUCGCAGAAAGAAUGGGAGUUGAAUUCGAAUUCCGUGGAUUCAUGGCGAACUCUCUGACGGACAUAGACGCAGCAAUGUUAGACAUCAGACCCAGAAACAUCGAAGCGGUCGCCGUCAACUCCGUCUUCGACCUGCACAGGUUGUUGGGCCGGCCCGGCGGGAUAGAAAAGGUGCUGGAUUCCGUCAAAGGGAUGUCGCCGAAGAUCGUGACCGUCGUCGAACAGGAAGCGAACCACAACGGCGACGUUUUCCUGGACCGGUUCAACGAGGCUCUGCAUUAUUACUCAACAAUGUUCGACUCCCUGGAGAGUUCCCGGCUGAAGGCCGACUCGCCGGCGAGCCCCGGGUUGACUCAGGUCAAAAUCCAGGACCUGGAGAUGGCGGAGAUCUACCUCGGCCAGCAGAUCUGUAACGUGGUGGCUUGCGAAGGGGCGGACCGGGCCGAGCGUCACGAGAGCCUGAGCCAGUGGAGGCGGAGGAUGAAGGCGGCCGGGUUCGGCCCGGUCCACCUCGGCUCGAACGCGUUCAAGCAGGCGAGUAUGCUACUGGAGGUGUUCGCCGGCGGGGACGGGUACCGGGUGGAGGAGAACGACGGGUGCUUGAUGCUGGGCUGGCACACCCGGCCGCUCAUUGCCACGUCGGCAUGGCAGCUCGACGAGUCGUAGUGAGUCGACUCGGCAGUGUAACGGCCGGUCUGUGCUGUGCUGUGCUGAUUGGUUGUGUGGAGUGAGUGAGGGACAGCGAAAGAGACGGACCCUAAAAUGAGUCAAAUCCUGUCUUUUGCUCUUUUCUUUCUUAGAAAGUCGUCUUUUUCUUUUUCUAUUCCCUUCCUUCAUCUUUUUUCUUUUUAAAGUUUUUUCCUCCUGAAAGAGGGAAAGAUGGUUUGAUUUGGGUCGUUGCUUAAUUUGGUUCUGAUUUUCUCAUGUUAAAAAAUGUUGCAAUAAUUAUUAGGAAGUAUUCUUGUUAAGUUGAGGAAGUUUGAUCAAUCCCCAUGUUUGGUGUAGAAAGAAUAAAGCAUUUAUGUACAAAAUCCCAUCUUUCCCCCAUUGAAGUUUACCAAAUAUGAGCUUCUUUCCCAAUGGAUCUCGC